UGAGAAACAAGAAAAGCUAGGGUUAAAAAAUAGCUUCUCUUCUAUUGUUCUACAAAGUAUCAAAAAACCCCCGAAAUCCUCAUCUCUCAUUUUGUUUCUCUCCCAAAGCUCAAGAGUCAAGGCUCAACCUCAUUCUUAUCUCCAAUUCUCCAUACCAUUGCAUUCUCCUCCCGCAUCAUCUACAUCUGAGCACCAUUAAUGGGGGACUCAAUAAUAAUAAGUGUUGAUUGCCAUGGUGAAUGGAUCGAGGUGAACAAUCGAUAUAUUUGGCGAUGGAAGGGUAGUCUCAUGUUAGAGACGAUAGCGAUGACUGUCCCAAAAGAUGUUGAGUUUGAUGAUUUUGUGAACUUAAUCAUUAACUAUUGUGAAUUAAGUUGUGAACCGAAAGACCUUGUCAUCACUUACAUGCAUAGCUCUUUUGAAAACCAGAGGGUCUUGCCUUUUAAGAUAACCGAUCAGAGUCGUUUGCGUACCUAUUUGAAAGAUGUAGCUAGGCCCAUUUUAAGGGUAUACGUGGUUGGAAGCCCGGUCGAGAACCAUAAUUUAGCUCAAGACCAACAAGACGUAUUAAAUGAUAAAUUGGAAGGGGUGGAUAUGGAUAUUCCAGAUAAUAGAAGUGUGAAGCCCCAUGGAAGUGGGGGUGAGCCGAUCCCUAUACCCGAACUUACGAGUAAUACACCGUGUGCUGCACAAUCAUCACAGUCCAGCCAUGUUCAAGAUGAUGAAACAGGUUUUUAUAAAGGAAUGUCAUUCAAUUCGCGAAGUGUGUAUUGCUUUAGAUGUGAACAUCUGAAGUGCAAGUGGUGGCCAAGGGAUGUGAAGAUUUUAAGUUCUAGCAAACACGGAAGAAGGUGGACAAAGAGGGCUAUGCGGAAAAACAAAUGCUCCUUAUGCAAAACAGUUGGCCACAAAAAAACAACAUGUCCAAGCCGAAAUGCUCCAUAGUUGUAGAUUGCAUUGUGUUGUACUAAUAGUUAUAUGUUGGAUCUUUAUGCCAUUUUAAUGUUAUUCUUUCUUAACAUGGUAAGUUAUAUUCUUGGUGAUUAUGAACUUGGUUUAUAUGAUAUGUUGUUCG